CAAAAUUCCAUGGAAUACCAACAACCAAAAAAGUUCAGUGUCCUUGCACAAUGCAUGAGCCGCCAUUGCCCAAGUACAAAUCACAGCAUUGAGCUCGAUUCCAUAUAUCAUUCAAUCACUUACACCUUGGAAUUCAGAAUUCCUUAUAAGAAAGGGUCCUUGUCUGAAGACAUUUCAAGAACUGAAUUAUGGCUACCCAAGUGGUUAAAGAUGACAGAAGUGUUGCUGAGAUGUACCAUGAUGCAGAAAUAUGUUACAAGAAAUCUUUGGAGCUCUUGGAAGCAAUUGGGCUUCCCAAGGGUUUGCUUCCUCUGAAAAAUCUGGAGGAAUCUGGCUAUGUAAAGGAAACUGGGUUUGUGUGGCUUAAACAGAAGAAGCCAGUUGAAUACUACAACAAGAAAAUUGGAAGGACAGUCCUUUAUGGUACUGAACUUACUGCUUAUGUUGAAAAACAUAAGAUGAAGAAGAUGACUGGAGUCAAAACCAAAGAACUUAUGGUGUGGGUACAGAUUACUGAAAUGAGUCUCAAUGAGGCCUCUAAUAAGAAAAUUUACUUUAAGAGCUCCCUGGGAAUUGGGAAAUCCUUUCCUAUUGAGGCCUUCCAGUUAGAAGAUGAAAAAUAGGAGGAGAUUUCUGUUGUCUUUUUGAAGCCUCAAGUGUGUUUAUGUCCUUGUGGGUGGACAAUACAAUAAACAUUUAUUAGUGAAAGAUUAGAUCUUAUAUCCUACUUCUAUUUAACAAGCAUUCCAUGGGUAUGUUCAUUUUCUACUCAAAGUAUAUUUUGAAUGUACAAGUAUCCAUUGGCUUGUGCUUAACCUUUGUAUUGCAUAAAACUAUUCGAGUUUCUGGUUUAUUUUCCAGCUCUCUGCAACUUUUUAUGUCAUGUAUUGAGAUGCACAGUAGGACCCAAAGAUUCAUAGAUGGUUGAUCUUCUUCCGAAGUAUACUAAUGUUAAAUGAA